AUGGUUGAUCUGUGUCGUAAGUCACACUCGCUGUCUGAUGCCGAGCGCAGUAACACAACUGCCCAACUGAACGAACACAUUGCGAUGGUCAGCCGUGACGCAGUGCGCGACAUUUUGGGCCACAACGGCCCACCGACCACUCAGCAGGUGCGCAUACAAAAACACUGCAUACCACAGUAUCAACUGGGACAUCUGGAGCGCAUGGGGGAGAUCGACUGGCUGCUGCGUGCAACCACCAAGGGGUGUGUGAGUGUGCUGGGAUCGUCCUACAGAGGUGUCAGUGUAAACGACUGUGUGCGGUUUGCCAAGAAUACAGCCAAGGGCUUAGCGCAGGGCAAAAUGGUCACGGGACUGUCUGAUGUGUAG